GCAAAGUCAAUGGAUGGAGUAAAUCACUCUGUGGUGUCAGAGUUUAUGUUACUGGGACUCUCCAAUUCCUGGGAGUUACAACUUGUCCUCUUUGUGUUCUCCUCCAUGCUUUAUAUGGCAAGCAUGAUGGGAAACUCCCUCAUUAUGCUCACUGUGACUUCUGACCCCCACUUACAUACCCCUAUGUACUUCUUGUUGGCCAAUCUCUCCUUCAUUGACCUGGGUGGUUCCUCUGUUGCUUCUCCCAAGCUGAUUUAUGAUCUUUUCAGAAAGUGCAAAGUCAUCUCCUUUGGUGGCUGCAUUGCUCAGGUCUUCUUCAUCCACGUCAUUGGUGCUGUGGAGAUGGUGCUGCUCAUAGCCAUGGCCUUUGACAGAUAUGUGGCCAUUUGUAAGCCUCUCCACUACCUCACCAUCAUGAGCCCACAAAUGUGCAUCUUCUUAUUAGUGUCAGCGUGGAUGAUUGGCCUUAUCCAUUCUGUGAUUCAGUUGGCUUUUGUAGUAAACUUACCCUUCUGUGGCCCCAAUGUGUUGGACAGCUUUUACUGUGACCUUCCUCAGCUCAUCAGACUGGCCUGCACAGACACCUACCGGCUGGAGUUGAUGGUCACGGCCAACAGUGGAUUCAUCUCUGUGGGCUCCUUCUUCAUACUGAUCAUUUCCUAUAUCGUCGUCAUUGUCACUGUUCAGAAACACUCUUCAGCUGGGUUAAGGAAGGCUCUGUCCACACUUUCAGCUCAUAUCACUGUGGUGGUUUUGUUCUUUGGUCCUUUGAUAUUCUUCUAUAUGUGGCCGUCUUUGUCCACACAACUGGAUAAGUUUCUGGCCAUCUUUGAUGCACUUUUCACCCCUUUCCUGAAUCCUGUCAUUUAUACAUUCAGGAAUCAAGAAAUGAAGGUGGCAAUGCGGAGAGUAUGCAGACAGCUAGUGAAUUACAGGAAGAUUUCUUAAGUGAUUAUACUGUGAAGAGUCCUCAAUGAGUAUUGAAACUGCAUUGUUGAUGGUCAAACUCACAGAGAAGCUUCUCUUUGCCCUACAUUGGGUUGAUUAUCUUGACACUGUUAUCCU